AUGUUCUGGUCGUUGUACACAGACCCGUGGGUCCCGUCCGGCAACCUCGAGCACACGCUGCACAGGUCCAGGGAUUCGGCGGGGCGCGUCGUGGAGCGGACGCAGCACACGCUGACCGCCGCGCGGGUGCUCUGGAAGUCGCUCCUGUCCGUGCUCUCGUCGGCCAACCAGGAGGUGCGGUCCGGGUUCGAGCUGCGGGUGGCCGCGCUGCUCGACGACAUCACCGCCGCCAGCGCCGCGCGGCGGGCCGCCAUUGUCUCUGCGGGCGGAGGUGCCGUCGUCGACUGGCUGCUCGACAGCGUCAUGCGGGGGGCCACGCAGGCCGAGGCUGCCAGGGCCCUCGCGCACCUGGUGGCUGAUCCCAUGGGUCGUGCCCGCCGUUCUCGGGCGCCCACGCGCAGUUCCCUGCCUCCUCCAGUUCAUCUUCUCGUACCAGCCCACGCGCGGCAAGAAGAAAUCUUCAUUCGAUGGUUCAGAUCAUUCUAAAGGGAGGAGCAUGCUUGUGGCUGCACUUAUGGAUAUCAUCACUUCAAACUGUGAUAAUGCAGACUACUCGUCGUUUCAGCCUUUGCUGCCUGCAGAUGCUGAUACAAGAGACAUUGCAGCAGUAAUUGAAGUCAUUGAGCAAGGGGGGAUGCAUUUUGAUGAUCAUGAGGAUAACAGCAGAAAUGAUGGUGACACAGGAUUAAAAGGUAUAGGUAUUAAAGUGCUUGGUGGAACUACUAUAUUGGGAUUCUCUAGAGGAAACAACUCCUUGGAGUUGGAUAACUCAGAUGAUAUGCUGAAAGUCUCACAUAACAGUAGAAGAUUAGUGGCGCAACAGACUGCUAUUGAGUCGCCCCAUCGCCGUCGCUCCCAGUCGGCGC